GCACAGGAAGAGGAAGUGAUUACAGCGACAAGGAUGGAGACAGAGCCAUAUAACACAGUUUAACUCGCCUUUAUUCCCAUCAAAUACAGUUAAAGGCGAUGGACGAGUUUACACAGCUCAUGUGACUGUGAUCUGAAAGACAUACUGUAAUUAUUAUCACGGGCUGAAGGCUUAGACUGAGGACACUGGCCACAUGAUGUUGGACCACGCCGAUGUGAGUUUGACCCCUGAUGAACGGGUGCGGGCCUUGACCAAGAAGGGCAGCGCGGUGGACAUGAACGAAGCAGUGCCCCUCCGCAGAUACUUCCGCUCGGGCAUGGAGGUGAUCCGCAUGGCCCAUGUGUACGCCGAGGAGGGCAACACAGAGCACGCCUUUGUCCUCUACAACAAAUACAUCACGCUUUUCAUUGAAAGGCUCCCCAAGCAUCCCGAAUAUAAGCUGUGUAAUAUUCCUGAGAAGAAAGAGAUCUUAAGGAAGCUAAAGGAGACCGCUUUUCCUCAAGCAGAGCAGCUGAAGAAACAUUUACUGAGAAGAUACGAGAAAGAAUAUGCAGAGUUUAUCAGCAAAAAGCGUGCAGAAGCUCAGGCGCUGGAGCAGGAGUUGUGUCGGCAGCGUGAGCUGGAGGUGGAGAGACAGCGGGUGGCAGACAUGCAGAGGAGGCAGCUGGAGCAGGAGCAGUUCAGCAGGUUUGAGGAGAUGAUCCGGCAGAAGGACCGUCAGCGUGAGCAUGAGUUCAACACACCAGUGCCUCACCAAGACGACACACUGCUCAUCCCUGGGAUCCAGGGUCCGCCUCUGCCCUACCUAGAGUCCCCCUCGGCCAAUCACAGCGCUCCGUCAGCUCCCAGCCCGGCUGCACCCCCGACCGUGGACCGCUCACUUAAACCGGGUCACCUCAGCAACAACACUACUAUGGUUGAUGGUUUGCGGCAGAUCACUGUUCCUGCUGAGCUUUGCAGCAAAUUCCUGCGAUUGGCCAAUAACAACACCAUAAGAGCAGUGGAGACCUGUGGGAUACUCUGUGGGAGACUGAAUAGUAACGCGUUUACAGUGACACACGUGAUCGUGCCGAAGCAGUGUGGAGGUCCAGAUUACUGUGACACAGAGAAUGAAGAGGAGCUGUUUCUGGUGCAGGACCAGUACGACCUCAUCACGCUGGGCUGGAUACACACUCACCCCACUCAGACGGCCUUCCUGUCCAGCGUUGACCUGCACACUCACUGCUCAUACCAGAUGAUGCUGCCGGAGUCCAUCGCCAUCGUCUGCUCUCCCAAAUUCAACGAGACGGGCUACUUCAGGCUGACUGACUACGGCAUGGAGGAGAUCUCAUCCUGCUCUCAGAAAGGCUUUCAUCCGCACCCCAGAGAACCUCCUCUCUUUACUGAUGGUAACCACAUCAGGAUCACAGAAGGCGCUGUUUCGAUGCUAGACCUGCGAUGAUUUCUCUCUGGUGUUCACACAGUGCUGCCAUGAAGCUUAUUUUUGUAAUCUAUCGUCGCUAACUCCUCUGAUGGACUCUCGUAUGGCACCAGCUGUCACUGGUGGAGGGUUUCUUAAAGAUCUAAAACAAGCACUUUUUGGGAAACAUGAAGACAAUAACUGAAGCAGCAUUUUUUUGUAUGACAUCUGUUGGGAGCCACUGGACUGCAGCUCAUGCCGGUUUCUGUUUGCUUUGUCCUAAUGAUCUAGUGACGUCACACACACUAACAUAUCACAUCUGCAGAAACAACACUAAAACAAAGGGUUUUACUGAGUAUCUUUGGGAAAAGCUGAACGGGUCAGUCCCGCUGGGCUGCACCUGUCAUGAAUGCCAGCCAUAACAGUUUCAUUCAUUUUAUAUAUAUUUUCUAAAAGCAACUUCAUUUUUGGGAGCAGUAAUCAGUCCAUGAUGUUGUUGAAUUCUCCGUUCUGAUUGGAUGAAUGUGUUUUUGCAUUUAAAACUGUGAGAGACAAGAUAGUGGAAUAAAAAAAAAAUGCAAAAAAACGUGCAAGACGGGAGUGGGAUAAAAAAAAAAAAAAAAGCAAAAGUAUCAAGAUUUUAAUUUUCACAGUCUCAUUUCUUUAUUAAUGUGCAACUGGUUGCAGUUAGUACUAUAUAUAAAUAUUAAGAACAGAGACAACAGGCUGAAUUACACAUGACAACCCUGUUAAAGAUGGAAACAUUACAUUAUAAAUUAAGAAAAAAAAAAAAAAUCAACCUAUGAUUUACAGUAUUUGUAGAUUUAAAAAUGAUUUUUGACUUUUUCAGUUUAUGAACAGCAGUUGAUCCAUUCUGGCAUAGAGAUUUUCAUUCAGAUGCUUUUUAAGGUUUCGGUCAGGACGUUACUCUGUUCUCUGAUCAUAGAAAAUACUGAAAUGUUUGCAGUAGCGUCCCAACCCACUAAUCAAAGCCGUUUUCACUGAGGUCCGGGACAAACAUCAUUUCCUCCUUUCAGAGAUCGUCUGGCCUUGUUGCUGGCAGUCGUCUGAUGUCAGGCACUGGUUUUCCACUUUGAUUGAGAAGGUUGACAUCAGCUCAGCCAGUCCAGGUCGUCUUCAUCAUCAUCAUCACCGAACAGAGGGGCGAGAGGGGGACGUCCUUUCAGACUCUGAGGACAUUCACAAAAGAGCAUCAGUCAGUUCCUGUUAAAUUUAGUUACUGAACAAAAAUAUUGUGAAUGGCAUUAACUAGUAAUCUCUGCCACUGAUUUCAUUGGUUGAACAAACAGAGUCCCGCCCCCAAACUCACUCUACUGACUCAGUGUUAUAGUUUUGGGGACUAUAUGACUACAUGAGAACUAUUACAAUUCUUCGGUAAAUCAUGUGACGCAUCGUAAAAUACAGUCAAAUUUAAUUUGAAUGACUAAUGUGGAAUGAUGCAUUUUGGGAUGUUCAUAUAAUUAUUUUCUGAUUUAUGCUGAGAACAUUAAUGUGCACUACGGUUUAAAAGUUUGGGAGUGUCUAAGAGUUUUUUUCUUUUUAAGAAAUAAAAAACAUUUAUAAGUUU